AGAGGGCGGCAAUCUGCUCCCGCGCCCGCCGCGCGCACUCCCGACGCUUUCCUCAUGGGGCGCGCUACCUCCACUCGAUAGUACCUACAAAACAAAUAAUACAUUUUUAUGUAUAUCACAAAUCAGUGAUUGGGACCAAGUGAUAUAGUGAUACGAACUGACGGCAACGUAGUAAUUCCACCAUGGAGGACGCACACUCGAAAUCCGUGGAUGAAGUCUUAGGGUACUUUGGUACAGACCCAGACAAAGGCCUUAGUCCAGACCAAGUUAAAAGGAACCAAGACAAAUAUGGGCCAAAUGAACUGCCAACGGAGGAGGGCAAAAGUAUAUGGCAGUUAGUCCUGGAACAAUUCGAUGACCUCUUAGUCAAGAUUUUGCUGUUAGCCGCUAUUAUUUCGUUCGUUUUAGCUUUAUUUGAAGAACACGAAGACGCUUUCUCCGCCUUCGUCGAGCCUUUCGUUAUUUUACUUAUUCUUAUCGCUAACGCUGUAGUAGGAGUAUGGCAGGAAAGAAAUGCCGAAUCCGCCAUCGAAGCUUUAAAAGAAUACGAACCCGAAAUGGGUAAAGUAAUCAGAGGCGACAAAUCCGGUGUACAGAAAGUUCGUGCUAAGGAAAUCGUACCCGGUGAUGUCGUUGAGGUGUCAGUCGGUGACAAAAUCCCCGCUGACAUCCGUCUUAUUAAGAUUUACUCGACCACCAUUCGUAUUGAUCAGUCCAUCUUGACUGGAGAGUCCGUCUCCGUUAUCAAACACACCGAUGCCAUUCCUGACCCCCGCGCCGUCAACCAGGACAAAAAGAACAUCCUGUUCUCCGGUACCAACGUCGCCGCCGGCAAGGCCCGCGGUAUUGUCAUCGGAACUGGUCUCAACACUGCCAUUGGUAAAAUCCGUACUGAAAUGUCCGAAACUGAAGAGAUCAAGACACCUCUGCAGCAAAAACUGGACGAAUUCGGUGAGCAGCUGUCUAAGGUCAUCUCAGUUAUCUGUGUUGCCGUAUGGGCCAUCAACAUCGGACACUUCAACGACCCCGCCCACGGUGGAAGCUGGAUCAAGGGUGCCGUCUACUACUUCAAAAUCGCCGUCGCUCUGGCUGUCGCCGCUAUCCCUGAAGGUCUGCCCGCUGUCAUCACCACUUGUCUCGCUCUCGGAACCAGGCGUAUGGCUAAGAAGAACGCUAUCGUGAGGUCGCUGCCCUCUGUGGAGACCCUCGGUUGCACAUCUGUCAUUUGCUCAGACAAGACCGGAACACUCACCACCAACCAGAUGUCCGUUUCUCGCAUGUUCAUCUUUGAGAAGAUUGAGGGUGGCGACAGCAGCUUCCUUGAAUUCGAAAUCACUGGCUCCACCUAUGAGCCAAUUGGUGACGUUUACCUGAAGGGCCAGAAAAUUAAGGCCGCUGAAUUCGACACUCUUCACGAACUUGGUACCAUUUGCGUUAUGUGCAAUGACUCCGCUAUUGACUUCAACGAAUUCAAACAGGCUUUCGAGAAGGUCGGUGAAGCCACUGAAACCGCUCUUAUUGUACUCGCUGAAAAAAUGAACCCCUUCAAUGUUCCCAAAACUGGACUUGACCGCCGCUCCUGUGCUAUUGUUGUGCGCCAAGAGAUUGAGACCAAAUGGAAGAAAGAAUUCACUCUUGAGUUCUCCCGUGACAGGAAAUCCAUGUCCAGUUACUGCACUCCCCUCAAGCCUUCCCGCCUUGGAAACGGUCCCAAGCUCUUCGUCAAGGGUGCACCCGAAGGUGUGCUUGAGCGUUGUACCCACGCCCGUGUCGGCACUAGCAAGGUACCUCUGAACUCUACCCUCAAGAACCGCAUCCUGGAUCUCACUCGCCAGUACGGUACCGGCCGUGACACCCUUCGUUGCUUGGCUCUGGCCACCGCUGACUCUCCUCUGAAACCCGAAGAAAUGGACCUUGGUGACUCCACCAAAUUCUACACGUAUGAAGUCAACCUUACUUUCGUUGGUGUCGUCGGAAUGUUGGACCCUCCUCGUAAAGAAGUAUUCGACUCCAUCGUCCGUUGCCGCGCUGCUGGUAUCCGUGUUAUUGUCAUCACUGGUGACAACAAGGCCACCGCUGAGGCUAUCUGCAGACGUAUUGGUGUGUUCACUGAGGAUGAGGACACCACCGGCAAGUCUUACUCCGGUCGUGAGUUCGACGACCUUCCCGUGUCCGAGCAGCGUGCCGCCUGUGCCAAAGCCCGCCUGUUCUCCCGUGUGGAACCCGCCCACAAGUCCAAGAUUGUUGAAUUCCUGCAGAGCAUGAACGAAAUCUCCGCUAUGACUGGUGACGGUGUGAACGACGCCCCCGCCCUGAAGAAGGCCGAAAUCGGUAUUGCUAUGGGAUCUGGUACCGCUGUCGCUAAGUCUGCCGCCGAGAUGGUGUUGGCUGACGACAACUUCUCAUCCAUCGUCGCCGCUGUUGAGGAAGGUCGUGCUAUCUACAACAACAUGAAGCAGUUCAUCCGCUACCUUAUCUCUUCCAACAUUGGUGAAGUCGUUUCCAUCUUCUUGACCGCCGCUCUGGGUCUCCCCGAAGCCCUGAUCCCCGUCCAGCUGUUGUGGGUCAACUUGGUCACUGACGGUCUGCCCGCUACCGCCCUCGGUUUCAACCCGCCCGAUCUUGACAUCAUGGACAAGCCUCCCCGUAAGGCUGAUGAGGGUCUGAUCUCUGGAUGGCUGUUCUUCAGGUACAUGGCUAUCGGUGGAUACGUCGGUGCCGCUACCGUUGGAGCCGCUUCCUGGUGGUUCAUGUACUCUCCUUACGGACCCCAGAUGACCUACUGGCAGCUUACCCACCACUUGCAGUGCCUCAGCGGAGGUGAUGAGUUCAAGGGCAUCGAUUGCAAGAUCUUCACUGACCCUCACCCUAUGACCAUGGCUCUGUCUGUAUUAGUAACAAUUGAAAUGUUGAACGCCAUGAACAGUUUGUCUGAGAACCAGUCGCUGAUCACCAUGCCACCGUGGUCAAACAUGUGGCUCGUCGGCUCCAUGGCUCUCUCCUUCACCCUCCACUUCGUCAUCCUGUACGUCGAGGUUCUGUCUGCCGUGUUCCAAGUGACCCCGCUGUCGAUUGACGAGUGGGUGACGGUGAUGAAGUUCUCGGUGCCCGUCGUGCUCCUCGACGAGGUGCUGAAGUUCGUCGCGCGCAAGAUCUCCGACGGUGAGAAGCGUUCGCAGCUGAUACACUGGCUCGACGGCAUGCAAUGGAUUGUGCUCAUGUGGGCCGUGUUCUUUGGCCUCAUCAUCUACGGCCCCCUAUAAGCCGCCGUGUGCCGUGCCACCACCCCGUUUGAUUCACAUCUAAUACCCUCCUAUAGAUUUCUGCGCCACCCACCUAUUCUAUUCAUGUUGCAGUUUAAAUUUUCUAUUCUUGUGUGUGAAUCGUUUAGUUAUUUCAAGUGUGGGUAGCGCACGGAAUUUGACUGUGGAAACCGAUAGACUAUGAGCUGCGCUCACCACAGUAUCAGUCAUCUAACAGUUUGGAAUGCUAAUUCUGGCGCACCUGGUGUGUGAAGUGAUCCCUAGUGCACGCGCCCGCCGCGGUGACGGACGAGGCCUGCGGGUAGUGAUCUGACGGACGAACAAGUGAACUGUACCGGACUCACUGACUGCUGCGGUGCUACCGGCCGCACGGGCCGGCCUUGUACCGGACCUGGCUACCAUAAGUGUUGUAGUUGUCUGUACUGCUUAGGAGUAGAUCUAUCAGAGCCGAGGCGGCGCAAUGCCCCUCGCUCUAGUGAUUAUGCAUUUUAUAUGUGCGAGACAAUAAAUUAUUCGGAGCUCAUUUUUUACAAAUUCGUGAGUUCAACUAAUAUUUUUCUUCUUUUUACUGAGUACAUAUACAUAAUAUUAUACACUUAUUUGAUGUGAAGUGGCUGUGAAGACCUUCAUUAUGAAUGCUAACUAAUGAGACACCAAAAAUUGGUUUUAUUGAGAAGUAUUUAUAAGUUAGAUUAAUUGCAUUUGAUACUUUUUGUAUACUGUAGCAUGGGAAGCUCCGCAUUCAAAUAUUAAUAGUGAACUCGCACAUAGCUCAGUACCUUGUCCUUAUGGACUGCAGACAUGUUAUAAAGCAUACUAUAAAUUAAUAGUAAUGUGCAUUGUUAGCUUAGUGUAAUUUAUCGUAAGUGUAUUAUUAGGGACGUGGUUACAAUUCUCUCAGCAUAGGUAGUACUAUUAUCAAAAGAAUGUCUUUCUCUGUCCUUUCACUGUGGUCGCUUCUUAACAUUCCUUUUUUGCAUUUCUUUUUCUUUUUAUCAAACCCUGUUUGGUAUGAGGAAGCGCUCUUAUUAAUCUAAGCUAAUAUUAACAAGUGAAUGUGUCCUUAGGCUGAACUAACCUCAUGCCUUAGAGUGCACUCCGACGCAAUACAUCGGACUGCAGGCUCGCUGCAUAACUCUGCUGCUAAAUAACAACUUCGCGUCUAUCUGUACCUAUAAGAGGUGCGACUAUGCUACCAGCUUGCAGUCUCGAUGCGUUCGUCUUCACUCUUGUAGCACCAGUAAUCAUUAUUUACAAUUAUUUCUGGUGCUCUAAGAAACCUCCAUACUACAUCGAAAAUAUCAUGUCAAGCCUUGUUUCAAUAUAAUUUUGUAAUUAACAAUUUUGUGUACUGUGUAAAAUGUCUAUUUAUUACGUUGUUUACUACAAAAUAAUUUAUUGAAAUAAAGCAAUAUAUUCUAUGUAUGUACGAUCUUAAAUCUGUUAUAGAGUCCAUGUACGGUUAUGGUACAUUCAUUUAUCUAUACUUACUAAUUGAUGUAAUUUUAGUUUAUCUAUCAAAUGUUUGACCAUCGCGACAUAAUAUUACUUGUAAGUUUAUAAAAACAUAUUCCAAAUUUGUUCAGUUACUUAGCGUGGUACAAGGUUAGUACGUACAUAAUGUUUUUUUUUUAUAUAUAUUAAAAUAAAGAAAUGCAUGUCAACAUUGCAUGGUUUAUGAAUUUUUGGAAGAGUGCAGUUUUUUUAUAUGAUGCAUUAACAAAUAUUAUUGUACUAUAAAUUAUUUAUGUGUAUUCCCGUUACAAACAAGACUCAAUUGAAAGGACUACAACCGUUAGAAGUAUGUAUUUAUUUUAUGUGUUUUUUCUACAUGCAACACCCAUAUUUCCAGUGUUAAUUUAAAGAACCUUAUUUAUUCAAUUUUAAACCUCCAAUCCAAAUAAUAUUUUGAAACUACCUAUUGCCUUUAAUUACAGACCAAAAUACCCAGUCUGUAUUUGAAUUCAAUAUCCCACAUUUACCCACUGCACAAUUAAAGGCAUGCUCAAAAACCUUUGUUGUGAAUGUCCCCCAAACUCCAGGAACUUUUUGCGUUUAUCAGAAUAACUUAUUGAAAUGUACAGUCGUUUAUACAUUUUACAUAUUAAAAUAGUCAACAAUA